AUGGACUGGAUUUAUUCAAAAGAACAACUCGUAGAUCAGAUUCAAACUCAGAAUAUAGCUCUUCAUGGAGAUCAUAUAAUGUUCUUCCAAUAUUUGCUUCAAAAAAAUUUUAAUUAUGAAUUUUUUUGUUCUAAUAAUGAAUUACAAGUUCCUGAAGCAAUGGUGGACAUGGUAGCACUUAAUUCCAAUCAGAAACAUAUCCAAAUACUAUUCAAACCUUUGAGUUACAUAAAUAUAAGUGAAAUGGGACAUUGGGUUUGUAGCUAUUAUGACACGCAAAAUAUUUUCAUAUGUGAUUCGGCAACAAUAAAAACCGGCCACAUAAAUUAUGAUAAAGUGUUGCAUAAACUAUUUCCUAGUUAUUUUUUGAAAGGUGGGUGUUGUCUUAAUAAUAAUGUUUUGAAUUUGAAACUAAAAAAUGAUGGCAAGACUUCACAUGACUUCAAAGAACUUAUGAACUUACAGCAAUCUAUCAACAAAAAAUAUUUAGAAUGUAAAAACUAUAAUCAAAGAAAUGAACAUGUGGUACAGGUAGAUCUGAAACAAAAUGUUGAUAGUUAA